AGGCUGCGUGGCCCACUGGUAUCUCUCGUUGGAGGCUGCCCUCACAUACUUUCCUUUCCCUCCCUUGCCAUCCUCUCCCUCACUUUCAUUUGCUCCCUUCUGCUCAGCUUCCUGUCUUCGCCCCCUCCCCCGUGACUAAUAGCCCAUAUCACUACCAAAAAUCACCCCUUCUUUUGCCUUUUUUCUACCCUUCUUCUGCCCUUCUUCCGCCCUUCUUCCCUUCGUCCCUUCCCUGCCAUUGCACCUCCUCCGUGUCCUCUCUUGCCCAUGGCAUGGCAGUGGUGCCGGAAGAGGAGGAGCAGGCGGAGGGGGGAGGAGGGCAGGGAGGCGGAGAAGCAACUCAGCAGCCGGCAAGCAGCAGGGGCGGGCAGGAGGGGGAUGCAGCCAAGGAGAGCGCUCAGGCACCAGUUGAGAGGGCGGCAGGAGGAGGGGGGGAGGGGGAGCGGGGAGCGGGGGAGGAGGGGGAGGAUGUGGGGCAGCGGCUGCUGCAGGCCAUGGGGCCUCUGCUGCACCGCCUCUCUGCUGCCAUGCAGGGCCGCCAGGGGCAGCAGCAGGGACAGCAGCAGCAGGGAGAGGCGGGGGGAGGUCAAGCAGAGCAAGCGCAAGGGGAGGGUGGGGCAGCCGACGAGAAGGAAGGCGAUGCGAUGGAGUGUGACGGGAAGGAGGAGGGUGGCACGGAGGGGGGGGAUGAGCGAGGAGAGGUGCCUGCUUGGAGCCCGCCUCCCCCUCCUCCUGCUGCACCUCCCCCUGCUUCCCCCCCACCUUCCUUCCCACCUGGCGCACUACACACAUUUGGCCAGGUGGAUUCUCAGGUGAAAGCACAUGGAUGCCGUGUCAAGGGCAGCAACUGCGGGAGUGAUAUCAGGGGUGGAAGCAGCAGUAACAGCGCAGAGCAGCACCUUGGGCACGACGAGAGGGGCCCACUCCCUGCUUACAGCCGUUCUCCUCCGCCCCCAAGCGCCCGCCCGUCACCCUCUCCCCCUGCUCCUGGCAAGAAGGCUGCAACAUGCUUUGUCUUCUACCAUUUCUUCUUCCUCUUGGGUUUCACCCCCCCAUCUCAACCACUGCAGCCAGCGGCAGCUUCAGAUGCCACCCAGUCUCCCACUCCCCCAUCUGGCCCUUCUGCCCCUCUGGGCCUGGGUCUGGGGGGAGGGCUUGGCCUCGCUCCUAAGCCAACGAGCAGCAAGCCUUCUGGGGGUGCAGGGAGAGGGGGAGGGGGAGGGGGAGGCAUGGGGGCUGGUGCAUUGGGGCUUGGAUUGGGGAUGGGGCUACCAGGCAUGGGCGGAGGGGGAGGGGGAGGGGAAAGGAUGCAAGCGCAGGGGAGAGGGGGUAGUGGGCGGGGGGCGAGUGGCGGAGCCCCUGACCUGGGCGGCAUGUUUGAGGUGCUGGGGUCCCUGGGGAUGGGCGGGGGGGGAAUGGGCGCAGGUGGCAUGGGGGGAGGGGGGCUAGGUCCGUUUGGGGGGAUGGGGGCAUUGGGGGGACUGCCAGGGAUGCAAGGAGGCGCGCCUGCAGGCCUGGGCGGGCUGGGCUUGGCGCCAGCAGGGCCAGGAGAAGCAGCAGCACGAGCAGCAGCAGCAGCAGGGGCAGGGGCAGCAGCAGGGCGAGGGGCGUCCCAGGCGAAUCCGCUGGGCGCCAUGAUGCAGCAGGCCUUGGCUGACCCCGCCCUGUCGCAGCUCAUGCACGGCUUUGCUGCUGGUGCUGGCGCCAUGGGGGGCUCUGGGGGGGCGCUGGGGGGAGCGGUGAGAAGGGGAGGGAGAGGUGGGGGGGGCGGGGGAGGUGGGGAGCUUGACCUGGGCGCGUUGCUGGGGGGAUUGGGGGGGAUUGGGGGAAUGGGGGGGAUGGGGGGUACGGGGGGGAUGAGUGGUGGUGGGGGGAGCUUUGGGGGGCAGCAAGGGGGGAUGGGUGGUGGUGGGCUUGACUUGGGGGCGCUGUUGGGAGGGUUGGGCGGACCGGGAGGGGGAAUGAUGGGUGGGGGCAUGGGAGGGGGUAUGGGGGGCAUGGGUGUGGAGGGAGAGGAGUUGGAUUUUGGGCAGAUGAUGGCUGACGUCAUGCCCAUGGUGUCACAGAUGCUGGGCGGCAUGGGCUUGGGCGGCACAGGCGGCGGCUUGGGCGGCGGCAUGGGCACGAGUGGUGGGCGGAGGAGCACGGGGGGUGGCAGGCGAGUGGAGGAAGUAGAGGGGGAGGACGAGUGGAAGAACUCUCUGUCUGAGGUGCAGGCAGCAGAGUGGGCGGCGAGCGUGAAAGAGGGCUACAGGCACCAGCGUGACAUGCCUCAUUGCUUUCUCAUCGUGUAUGCACCCUCCUCCCCUCCUCCCCCCGCCCUCCCUGCUCUCUCUGCCCCUAGGAGGAAGCGGCAGAGUGGGCGGCAAUCAUGGAAGAGGACGAGAAGCGCCAGAGGGACAUGCCACGUCAGCGCCCGUUCAGCGAUGCGUACUGGCGCGGGCAGCGUGGCAAGCCACCCGUGA